AUGCUCUCAUCUGAAUCCUCAUCAUCGAAUUGGGACUUCACUCCGGUGAUUAAUCUUCUCCAUUCUCCCACUUAUCGUGGUGGUGGUGGUGGUGGUCCCUUGGCUGCUCCUCGCCCCUGCGAGAUCUCUGCUAGCUCAUCUUCAGAUGAAUUGAAGCCUGUCAACAUUAGCGCAGACACUUCAUUACAGGGAUCCAACAGCAAUAUAACUGCAAAUUUUCCAAAACUUGGCGAUUUCAGUUCUGUCUGGGAGUUCUUGAACAAAGCUACUACUUCGACAAGUGCAAGAACCGCAGGAGUUGAACCUCCACGUCGAAGCGAGGCUAUCAACACUUCUCCUCAAUUAACUUCCCAGUGCCCUCGCUUCACAAUCCUUAAACGGCCUUCAGAGAAAGUCAAGAAAGUUGAUGUUGAUCAACCAGCCAGCUCGCCUCCACGAACUCCCCCCAGGGCAAUUCUUAUUAAAGGCAACUCAGUCAGCAAACGCAAUUAUGGUCCCAGUAAUGACGCUAUUUUGUCAGACUCAAGUGUGGAAGUAGACUCCGAUGGCAACCAUAGUGUGUUUGAUCCUCCCCUUUCGGGGAAGCGGUGUGUGUGUGUGCGUCCGCAGGUAGGCGCAGCUGCCUCCGGAACUGAGCCCUGUGGCACUCCUCCAUCAUCUUGCAGCGAAGGAGAGGGGCUUCUCAAUGCCACCAAGGCAAAAUAUCGGGCUAUUGGAAGUUCUAUCCGUAUACAGCCUAUUGCCUACAAGUCUGCAUCGGAAAGAAGAGUCGGUCUUUUGACCAAGCUGCUAGCGGCUUUUCCAGAUUACGCAGAAACUGUAUCUGGAAUUAGGAAACUUGCAGCUACUGGUGUGAAAGCCAGUUCCGUGCGUCCAAUUCAUGUUUUCGUGGAUAUGUCUAAUAUCAUGGUUGGAUUUCAUGAUGCAGUCAAACUAACACGAGAUAUCCCGGUGACUACUCGGAUCCGUCGCUUGCCGCUAUCAUUCCACAAUUUCUCGCUGAUUCUGGAGCGCGGACGUCCGACGGCAAAGCGGGCUUUGGUCGGAUCAGAUCGAUUUGCCGCUAUUGAUGAAGCGGAAAAGAUUGGUUACGAGACAAACAUUCUGGAUCGAGUGCAAAAGGUGAAAUACCAGACGCCUCGUCAAGUGAAGUACCGGAGACCCAAUGCAACCAGCUCCGCAGAUACUUCUGGCAGUUCUGAGACGAAUAGUAAGCCAGGAGAACGGUGGGUCGAGCAGGGAGUGGACGAAAUUCUGCACCUGAAGAUCCUCGAGAGUCUGAUUGAUACGGAGGAGCCAGCGACAAUUGUCUUGGCCACGGGUGAUGCGGCGGAAGCCGAAUACUCGGGCGGAUUCAUGAGGAUGGUCGAACGAGCGCUACAGCGUGGCUGGAAUAUCGAGUUGGUGAGUUUCUGGCAGAUUACUAGCUAUGCGUAUCGCAAGAAGGAGUUUCGGGCCAAAUGGAGGGCCAGGUUUAGGUUGAUCAAGCUGGAUGAUUAUAUCGAGGAGCUUUUAGAUAUAUGA